AUGUCGCUGGUACCAUGGUUCGGUUGGGGCCGUGGAGGGGACCGUGAUUGGUUAACCUCCGAAUUGUGGGACCCCUUUGGCGCUGGAUUAGGUUUGGAUCGUGGUGAUCGUGGCGGUGACCGCGACGACACCACGGCCUUAGCUCUGGCUAAUGCUGAUUGGCGCGAGACUGACGAAGCUCAUAUCUUUCGUGCUGAUAUACCUGUAGGGAUUUGUGCCCUAGUUUCACCUGGAUGUGAGCUAGCAAGGACCGUACUAUCUAAGCUACAUGGGUAUUUUAAUGUAUUUGAUCGCAGGGGUGAAGAAAGAGGAGGUCAAGGUGCAGUUGGAAGAUGGCAACAUACUGCAGAUACGUGGGGAGAGGUGAAGGAGCACGAGGACAAGGGUGACAAAUGGCACCAUGUAGAGCGCCGACGCGGCAGCUUUCGUAGGCGGUUCAGGCUCCCGGAGAAUGUCAAAUUGGACGAAAUCAAGUGCAACCUCCAGAAUGGGGUGUUGACUGUGGUUGUGCCCAAGAACGAAACCCAGGAGAGCCAAAAGAAUGUCAAAGCCAUAGACGUGGCUUAG